CGGUUUCGGUCGUCGCGAGUGACGCAGAGCUCGGAUUUUUCCUUGCAGCCCGUGGAUUGCGUGGCGGCGAAGGGCACACGGGGAGACGACGAACGACGACGACGACGGAGAAGACGGAGUCAGCCGGUGGCCAACCAAAGGCACAUCAGCCCCCUAUCCGCACCGUUCUCCUCUGUCCUGUUUCGCGCGCGCGCGAGAUUCUUUGCCGCGCGCGACCGGUAACGAGAAUAACCACCAGCUGCGUACACCUCGGAAUAACGGCCAGCGCGCCCCUGGCUCUGAUGCUUCCAUGUCGUGCGGCCGCGUGCCUGCUGCUCUUGCUGAUCCUGUCCUGCGCCGGCCCUGCCGCCGCCGCGCGGCCGGCCCCGGCGCACGGCCGGCACGACGGCGCGGGGUGGCACGCGUUCAAGCGGCUGCAGGACGCGCGGCGGGGGAGCCACGUGACGGGGCUGCGCGAGCUGAAGCGGUACCUGGCCACGUUCGGGUACAUGCCAGCCGGCACCGCCGGGGCGGAGCACGGCGGCGGGGAGCCGACGGACGCCUUCGACGAGCACCUCGAGGCCGCCGUGAAGCGGUACCAGUCGCGGCUCAGCCUGCCCGUCACCGGCAGCCUCGACGCCGCCACGCUCGACCAGAUCAUGUCCCCGCGCUGCGGCGUCGAGGACGACCACGACCACGGCGUGUCCGUCUCCCCGGACCACCACGGCGGCGCCGUGGUCAGCCGGUUCACCUUCUUCAAGGGCGAGCCGAGGUGGACGCAGCGGUCGGAACCGAUCGUGCUAUCCUACGCCGUGUCGCCCACGGCCACCGUCAGCUACCUGUCGCAAGACGACGUGCGGGCCGUGUUCCGGCGAGCCUUCGACCGGUGGGCGCUGGUGAUCCCAGUCUCCUUCGUCGAGACGGACGACUACGACGCGGCCGACAUCAAGGUGGGGUUCCACAAGGGCAACCACGGCGACGGCGUGCCGUUCGACGGGCCGCUCGGCGUGCUCGGCCACGCCUUCUCCCCCAAGAACGGGCGGCUCCACCUCGACGCUUCGGAGCAGUGGGCUUUGAGCUUUAGCGAUGGAACGGAAACGUCAGAAUCCAUCGACCUGGAGUCAGUCGCGACGCAUGAGAUUGGUCAUGUCCUUGGGCUUGGGCACUCAACGUCGCCGCACGCGGUCAUGUACCCGAGCAUCAAGCCGCUGCAGAAGAAGGCGGACCUCACCGUCGACGACGUCGAAGGCGUGCAGCAGCUCUAUGGAUCCAACCCGGACUUCAGGCUCAGCUCCCUCUACAACGAGCAAGACACCUCCAUGGCACCGGAGAGGAGCAGUUGGGUCGCUUCCUCGGCUAGGCUACUAGUUGGUGCUGUCUCGAUCAUUCUUCUGACGCACUUGUAGAUAGACUAGGACUUGUUUUUAUAGGCAAAAGGGAUAGAUGAAGAAAACAAUUUGGUAGCGUGAUUAUACACAACACAGAAGCGUUUAUAUUCUUGUAGAGAUUGCUUUGCAAGGUCAAAAGGACGACACCAUGAUGUAACAACUGUAUAUAAUAUAUUCAAUCAAAAAGUGUAAAUAUACUGUUUUCUACACCA